AUGAAAGCCGCCUCCUCCGCCGUUUUCAAGAAACAAAUCCACAACGAGGAGGAAGAAGAAGAAGAAGUCUGUAAUGUCUUCGACGGCGAGAUCACAUAUGUUAAACGAGGCAAUAGAGAAAACUUACAUGAUAAUAUUUAUGUAUACAUACCAUAA